AGUGAUCUUUUCCCCUAGAUUUAGACUGAUUUUGGCGGUUUUACUGUGACUAAACGAUAGCGUAAGGUUCACCGAAAAGUUGUGUCCUGGCGAUAGCCCUUUGACGGUCAGGCUGCGCUAGUCGACGACUUUGUUUCAAAGUGAGGCGCCCAAUGCUGUUAGUAGCAGGCUAGCAGCGAGCCGGCCAGGUUGUCCGCCAACGGAGGCCACCGGUCUGCCUUCGUUGAGUUGAGUCUGUGUGUAUUUAGAACCGGUGUUUUCAGCCAGGUCCGAAAGCAUGCUACUGCUGCUGCGGCGGUCAGUGUAGACAGAAGACAGUGUAUACAAAGUCUGACGAAGCUGGCUGGCUGGCUGCCUGCCUGCCUGCCUGUGUUUGACUGAGAGCAGCACCGUAUCACCUCUCUUCGCCGUUGACGUGCUCGAACAGUACUACUCCUGUGGUAGAGAUGUCGGAGUAUUCGGUGCGUGUUUUGGCGUCAGCGGUAGUGUCGGUGAGCCAAUAUGGGCGCGUAUGAAGGGGUACAAACCAUGGCCUGGUAAGAUCGCGGCUCCAACGAGAGAUCUUAAGGAUCCGCCACGGAAUAAAAAGAAUUAUUGCGUCUUUUUCUUUGGCACAUUCAACUACUCUUGGAUUCCUGCAGAAAACGUUAUUCAGUAUGGCAUUAAAACUGAAGAAGAUGAAAAACUCAUUAAGUCAGGUCCAAAAGGACAAAAGUUCAGAGAUGCAGUUGACCAGAUCGCACAAUACUUUGAGGACUGGAUAAAGCUUGGAAAGAACGACAUCAAAUUACCUCAGGAGACUCCAGACGGCGAUGAUUCGAAGGACGAUGAAUCAAGGGAUGAUGAAGCAGAGUCUGGUGUAGAUUCAGUAGACUUAUCAGUAAUUGAAGUACGCGAUAGGGACGAUAAACCUUCUGGGGUUCCGAAACGCAAGUCUACGAGCCUUUUGAAGACGCCUGGAAAGAGAGGUAGGCCUUCGAAACAGAGAACAUCUUCGAUUGACGACGAUCGUGCUGGACGAACAACGGAUCUCAAUCUCGAUGAGGAUACCACCGAAGAACAAGGAGCCGCAUCUGAUCUCAAAAAAUCGCCGACCGUGAUCAAGAAACGGCGUAGCGAGAACGGCUCAUCAAGCCUGCUAAAGAGUUCAGCUGCUCCAGUCGUGCCUAAAGCUCCAGCAAGCAAACCAACAGAAUAUAUUCCUCGGCCAGCUACACCUCCCUUCGAUGUUAACGAGGUGAGCGAUGUGCUGAAACUGAAGAAAGUGAACGCCACUCAGGGCCUCAAAGUCGGAGUUCUGGGGUUAGGAAAUAUUGGGCAAGGACUUGUCAAAAACCUUCUGCAUAGUGGGCAUCAGGUGGUGUUAUGGAAUCGCACUUCAAGCAAAAUUAAGGAGUUUGCAAAGGCUGGAGCAGAAAAACGCAUCACGCCUGGCGAUGUUGUGUCUGAAUGCGACAUUAUCUUCUCCUGUUUAGCCACUCCGGAUGCCUGUCGGGACAUCGUGUUUGGCAACUAUGGCGUCAUUUCGGAGAUGAAGAAUGGCAAAGGAUAUGUGGAAAUGUCUUCAAUCGAUCCGGAGACGUCGCGAGAUCUUGCCGAAGCUAUUGUAGCCCGAGGAGGUCGUUACCUGGAAGCGCCUUUCGUUGGCUCCCGUACACUCGCACACCAGGGACAACUUACGAUCACCGCGUGUGGCGAUAAAUCCCUGUUCGAUGAUUGCGACUCAGUAUUCACCGCUAUUUCGGUACAGUGUAUGUAUCUUGGCGAAAAUGUGGGUAAUGCUGCUAAAAUGAAUUUAGCUCUGUCGCUAUUGUACGGUGCUACUUCGGCAGCCCUCGCUGAAGCCAUGGCACUUGUGGAAGCAAGUGAAAUGUCACAUAAGGACUUUGUUGACGCUCUCAGUGCUACGAAGUUGGCGUCACCUUUUCUACUCGACAAGUGCAGUACGAUUCUGGACGGCAAAUAUACGCUGGAAACGCCUUUGGCCCACGUCCAAAAGGAUCUUCGAUUGGCAUUGGAUGUUGGUCACGACUGUGAGCUGCCUCUUGCCGUUACGGCGGCCGCAUCAACUCAUUUCGAAAAUGCACGCCGUUACGGCUAUGGUGAACACGACGCGGCUGCUGUCUACGUGAAAAUUAAGAAAUAAUUAUAAUAAUAAUAGUUUAGUGUGCGAUUUCGCACGCAUAAAUUGUGCUCAGGAGAUGAAUUUCACCUUGGCGGAAAUUGAAAGAAUUGAAUGAUAGACGUUCAAUUGAACAGCAAGCGACUGUUAGCAGAAUUAGCCAGCCUCAACGGGGUGUAUGGUAGCAACUACAUAGAGUAAAAAAAAGCAACGCCGGCAACGAUUCGAGGUACUUCACAUGCAUGUCAUGACUUUUCUGCGCUUGUACCAUUUUACAGCCAAUUUCCGUUCAAUUUGCGACCACACAGAAAGAAAGAAAAAAAUGUGGUGUUUUGAGCCGGAACCUUAAGGCGUUCGGUGCAAGAGAGAAAGCCGCCGGUAAUUCCAUGCGACUUCCUCUGAAAAGUAGAUUAUAUGUGGGUCUGAAUCGGGAAUAUAUGUUAAAAAAGGUAAAACUAUAAAUACAUUGAAAUUAUGCCGAUAUGGCCCCAAGCGUUAGGGCCGAAUCAGAUUAUAAUUGCAGAAAUUAUCAUAAGCUCAGUCGCUGAACCUUGAGUAAUACAUUUACUUUAUGAAAAUUCAUUAUUACAUUACUCUUAACUAUCGAACUCCAAACUCCCGCCAGCCUCACAAUAAUCAAUGUGUACUUUUCUGUGCGCAUUGUCAGUGUGCGAUUGUGUAAAUUAUUUCCUACGCCUUGAAAAGGACAUCAAAAACCGGCUAAUAAAUACUGUUCUGCAAUGGCCUCGCUUUUAAACACCUGUCGUACAUGAGCUACGCUCAGAACAGCAUACGAAAACUCUGUACAAAUUAUAGUGCUAUAUAUUCUAAUACAAAUGGUGUGGUUAUAUAGGGCUGAUCGACGAAGCAAUUGGAUGUUGAGAAGCUACGUCGUCGACGGACCCGGGUGGGUUCUUGUAGUAUUCCGCAUCAUCUUAGACAUCAAUCACCACAUAUAUUAUUAUUGGAUAAGUUAUUGGCUUCUAGCUAAUACAUACAACACGAGACGAGCGGUGCAGACGGAGAAAGAGGAACACGCAUGUUCAUGAUCGCUGUACGUUGAAACAUCAUUUACAUAUAGAUAUGAAAACAUUCGUGAAGGAAAAAUAAGAAAACCCGAAAAGGACCGCCAGAAUCAAUAACUGGUCGUUAAUACUAAUUAUAAAUGCAAAUAGGGUCGAGAAGGCCAGAAGAUAUGCGUAGGGAUUCAUGCGUAGGUAAAUUGUGGCCAAGGAGAUAAGGAGACGCUGGGGUGUGUACGAAAGGCGUCGCAUAGUAUAUAUAUAUAUAUAUAUAUAUAUGUGUUGUGUAGAACAGAUAAUGACAGGCAAGAAGAAGCGGACAACAUAAGUUAGGAAGAGGCAAACAAGGCGGUUCAGUAUGUAACGCACGAAGGGAUCUGGAAAAUUAAUUUUUCGCAACAUUGCAUAGCAGCAUGAUAAAUAUAUAAACAUAUGUACGAAGUAUGUACUAUGAAAAAUUGCUGAAUCUUGAAAGGGAAAAAUUGCAGCGACAGAAAGUCGUACGCUGCUAUUGAACAGAAACAAAGAAUUUUCAAAAGGGUUCUGACAGAAUCGUAUAUUCAAUCAACUAAGUGACGCUAUCGAUGACUAGACGUCGACAUUUAACACUAUUGCUGUGAAUGUAACUCUGUUCUAGUUACCAACAACAAAAUGCCUUUUUCGCAUACUGCAUGUAAAUUAAUAUGAAAAUAUGUCUAUACAAAAAAUAUUAAUCUUUGUCGUUUUCUUUUUUCAGAAGACAGUUCUCUUAUGUAUUUUAUCAUUCGGCUAAACAUGAGCAGCCAGAGGGAUGAAAAAUUUAUUGAUCAAUCUCUAUGUUUUUAAAUAAUAGCAAAACAAUUAGGAAACAUAUUUUUUGAUCAAUAAGUUUUUCAAUAAUAUCUAUAAGAAUAGCUCUAAACAGCAUCAUGUGAUUACAUACAGAUAAAAUUCUAUAGCACGCAGCACAUAUCGCUUCGAAAUAAAAAUUACUUUUUACUUGGCCUGACUAGCUGGGAAUUUACGCCCAUUUUCUUAGUGCGAUUUUUCAGGAUAUUUUUAGAUAUAUUUUCGACGUUUCUCACAAAUAUACUUCAUCAGCACCUGAACUUUGACGCUCUAUAUAGUUAGAGAAUAAACGUACUUUGAUUUAGAGAAAAUGAUGUGAUA